UUCAUCUAAUCUCGUUUACAAAACGGAAGCUGGUCACUGUUUUUGCUUGCUUACAUUCAAUCAUGUUUUGACGUAAUUUUUUUUUUUUUUAUAUCUCUGAACUGUCUUACUCCUUGAAUGGAUAUGUGCCAUCCAGUCUCCUUUUGGCAACCGGAUCGGAUGAAGGCAUUGAUAUUACUUUACUGCUAUUACUUUCUGUUUUGACGUCCGGAUCUGUGUGCUCAUUGAUUUGCGUUGACACUUAUACAACCUGGAAAUAAAAAGAGAUUAGUAAAAUGUCCAUCGUGCCAUGUUCCCUCUGGCAAGAUGAUCAAAAGUCAAGAACAAGAUGAAUUAAUUGCUGUGAGGGUUCAGGAUCCUCGCAUUCAAAACAAAGGUUCGUGGAACUCAUAUGUGGACUUCAAAAUUUUCCUUCAUACAAACAGCAAAGCGUUCACUGCGAAAACAUCCUGUGUGAGGAGGCAAUACAGUGAGUUUGUGUGGUUAAAGAAAAAACUGCAAAAGAAUGCUGGUCUUGUGCCUGUUCCUGAUCUACCCAAAAAGUCAUUAUUCUCAUUUAUUAACGAUGACUUCAUUGAAAGAAGGAGAAAGGGUCUACAGAGCUUCUUGGACAAGGUGCUGCACAUGACAGUAUGUCUGUCUGAUAGCCAACUCCAUCUUUUCCUGCAAACUCAGCUUCCUGUAAAGCACAUUGAGGACUGUGUGCAGGGUCACACCCCCUACACUGUGACAGAGGCCAUUCUUACCUAUGCUUCCUCCAACUGUGGUUGGGUGCAAGAGGAGGGGAGCGGAGCCCAAGAAUUAUGGCCAGCCCCUGCUCCAUAUGAAUCCGUAGAGAGCCCUGCUCCUCCCCUCCCUACUUUACAGUGUGCAGGAGCUACAUCAAGUGGAUUAGUAACUCCAAAUGAACUUUAUGAUGUUUCAGACCUAGAAACAGAGUCAAGACUGAGUGAGGUAGAACAGACUGCACCUGUACUGAAGGAUGGUAAAGGUCAUGAACAAAUAGUUCAAGAGAAAGAGAGUUCCAUUAAUCUAGAGUUUGAAGUCCACCCAACCACUCUUCUUAAUUCUGUAGAGACUGAUCUAGAGGUUGAAAACAGUGGAUCAAAAGAAACACAAUGGCUUGAUAAGAAAAGCAAAGAUCUACAAGGGAAUGGAUGUGAAUAUACUGUCCCACAGAGCACAGGGCUGCUUGAAGACAAAUCUUGGCAAGGAGAUACACAUAGCCAAGGGGAAGGUCUAGAUAAAGUGCUUGACCAAGAAACGUCUGUUGAGAUUACUUCAGUAGAUAGGGUCAUUGAGAAGAGAACGCCUGGUGCUAUCAAUGAUGGGAAGAGGGACAGUCAAGACGCUGCCUGUAAGCAGGAAUGCACUGUAAGACAAACCCUUGAUAAGGAUCUUCUUGAAGAAGAUCUAAGUGUAAGAGUCCAUUAUAAUGAAGUAACUCUGGAUCUCAGUGUUGCCAAAGACACUGCUGAGCAGAGUGACCACAGAGGGCAGGAGCUUGUAGAAACUGUAGCUAAAACUAGGGAAGUUCAUGAACUGAAUGAUGUAGACAGCGUCAUGAAGGAGAACACACCAUAUAAUAACGACCAAGAACAAGGUAAAGCAGAGAUAACAGUGGAUGAAGCAGUCAACGAGAAUGGAGUCUGUGAUGAAGACUUCAACAUAGAUGCUUCAGUCAAGGAAGAGGCCACUUUGAGACAAACCCUUGACAAGGAUCUUCAUGGAAAAGGUUCAGUGGUCCAUUAUAAUGUAGUAACUCUGGAUCUCAGUGCUAAUCACAGUGACCAGAUGCUUGUUGAAAACACAACUAAAAUUGAGAAAGAUGUUCCACUGUUGGAUUGCCAUGUAGCCAGCAUCUUUGAGGAGAUCUUGCCACAUACCAAAGACCAAGAACAAGGCAAAGCAGAGAUAACAGAGGAUGAUGCAGUCCAGGAGAACAGCGUCAGUGAUGAAGACUCCAGCAUAGAUGAUGCUGUCCAGGAAGAGGCCAUGAAUGAGAAACAAAGACAUGUUGGUGAGGUGAACAAGCUCAAUGCAAAAUGUGUCCAAACCGAAAGUGGCAUUUUGAAACUUGGGGGAAUUGAGAAAGCAGCAAUCACGCAAAAUGCCCCAAUGACAGGGAAUGUGCAGAAUGACAGCACUGAGGAAUCCUAUGAAGACAGCAAUCUUGUUUUACAAGCCAUAGAGACUGAUUUAAUACAAUGCCAGGAGAAAGAUAGUCAUUUAGUUCUCUAUACCCACCAACCAGAUGCUAACUGAUUCCCUUUAGUAGGGCUUUUGAACUGAAUUUACUAUAGCCUGUAGUCAACACAAACCGUGGACUCAUAGUAUACUAUGCCAUAGUCUUCAGCUGUGAUCUCAAAAUAGUUGGCGCAUGCAGCUGUAAAAGGAUGAAUGCAUCUCUUUUUCCCUGCACUGUUACAGACUGUUUACAGAAGAUACACUUGAUUAGACGGCUGUAGUUUUCUCCUACAGACAAUGUGAAAGGUAAUGCACUGACUAAUGUGACAUUCAGGAUGGUGAACAAAUUGCAAAUGCAACAUAUAGUUAAAAACACAUGAUAGGGUGCGAGAAAGGGAACUGUGCAAAGAGCAAUGUGCAUCAUUGUGUUAACUUGAUCCUAAUAUUCACCAUUCUUAUCCCUAAAUAUUGUUUGUUUCAUGUGACUUUUACAACUUUACUGUCAAACAAGAAUCACUCCAAGAAAGGUGCAGACAUAUCUAUUUUAGCAUUUUUAAAUGACAAUUUUGGCUGACUUGACACUUUCUUAUGCACUUUCCUCUAAUGGUAAAAUGUUGCUCACAAAUGUUCACUUUACUGGAACUAUGGGUGAUUAAAAUCAUAUUGCAGUGUGUUAUUUUACGUGUUUCUCAAUUGAUGUCAGCAAGUUCCUGGUAUUCUUUGGAAUUCAGUUGCCUUGUUUGAUUUGUGGACAAAACACUAAUUUCCAUACUGAAAUGUUAUGAGCUAAGAUAAGCAUAUUCCUUUUAUACAAAGGAAAUUAAAGUACACUUUGUUUGCAAGGGUAAUAGAUUUUAACAUGCUAACUUAAUGUUGCACUAGGUCUGAGAGUCGGUAGCUCCUUGAUUGUCUAUUUUAUAUUCUGAUGUGAAAUUGUCUUACAGUGGCUGCUUAUAAUACUCAUGAGAAUGGAAAAAAUGACUCAAAAGGGACUUGCUGGUGUAACAAUCCAAAUUUACAUGAAAAUUACAUGCUUUAUGUCCUUUGAAUACUUUGGUGUAUAUAAGUUCUUAAUUCUAAAAUGAGUCUUUACAGCACAUACAGUUUAUUUAUUUUUUAUAUAUAAAUUAUUAACGCACAAUCACAAUAUUUUGAUUUGAAAGCAUUCUACAUGAUACAUUUUCUAUUUAUGUUUUAAGGUGUUUUUAACUUACUGCAUUCAAAUUCAAACAUUUCAAUAUUUGAAGGGUUGUUUUUUUAUACUUUUGUUAUGAAGAGGACAUCUCAGUUAGGUUUAUUCAUAAUGUGUUUUUUAGGUUCACACAUUAAUUAUAAAGGGCCACACCUGUCUACCUUGACUUCAUUCUACAUGAGUUCCAGAGCUGGUAUUUAUCACUGUAUGUAUGGAUUCACCAAUGUGCUUUCAAACAAGAAACAAACAAAUAAAGAGAGGCUGAAAAGUGAGAAAGCUUGGUUUUGAUCAAGCAUGAAUUGUGUA